AUGAAUGACACUGUCAAAGCUGUUAUUUCCGAUACAGUUAAAAUGCAAAGAAUGCAGUUGAAUGAGAAAUAUUUAGGUAUUCCGCUUUUUAUUGGCAGAAAUAAACAGUCGUGCUGUGCAGAAACUGUUGAUAAAAUGGAUUUUCGACUUCAGGCAUGGCAAGGUAAAUUGGUUAAUCAGGAUGGUCAUAGUACUCAGAUACAAGAUGUAGUUGGGGCUAUGGCACAUUUUCAAAUGAUUUGUAUGAAAAUUCCAAAUAAAAUAAUUGAUCAGAUGGAAGCAUUGAAGCGGAAUUACUGGUGGAAUAAGAAUUAUUCUAAGGGUUGCUACUUUAUUUGGUGGAAGAAUUUGAAUAAACCUAAAAGACUAUGGGGUUUGGGUUUUAAAAACAUGAAGUAUCUAAAUGAAGCUAUGUUAACAAAAAUUGCUUGGAGAAUGCUUCAUAACAGGGAGGCCAAAUGGGUUCAAUUAUUAGAAGCUCGUCAUUUUAAAAAUGAAGAUCUUAUGUAUGAUAAAAUCAAAGAGAAGGGAACUUGGAUUUGA